CAAGCUAGCUAUAGCUAGUAGCAGUAUGAGCCUAUAAAUAUGACAUGCAUUGGUUGAUCAUCAUCCAUCAUCAAGCAACAACACAGUGCAGUAGACACAAGGGAUCGACGAUAGCAGUAUGAGUGUCAUGUUGUCUCUCGUCUCCUGGUUCCUCCUGGCCAUGGCUGCUGGAGGAGGCUUGCACGCAAAUUCAGCCACCGCCGAAGUGACGAUAGCCUCAAACUCGGCUGCGGUUACCGCGUACUGGCACACAAUGCUUCCCAACACACUCAUGCCUUCAGCCAUCCUCGAGCUGCUAGCCCCACCUGCGGCUGGCCAGAAGUGCAAUGGUAAUUGGGGCUCAUCCACAGGGAACGAAGUCCAGAAUAGCAAAUGUGUAUGGGGACCGUCCACACCAAAUGACGUCGAGAAGAUCAACAAUGGUAAUUGGGGCCCAUCCACCAAAGCUGAAGACGAGAAGAGUAAUGGUGUAUGGGACCCGUCCACAACAAACGACGUCAUGAAGAACAAUGGUAAUUGGGGCCCAUCCACAACAAACGACGUCGAGAAGAACAAUGGUAAUUGGGGCUCAUCCACAAGAAAGGACGUCCAGAAGAGCAAAGGUGUAUGGGGCUCGUUCACAACAAAUGAUGUCGAGAAGAUCAAUAAUGGUAAUUGGGGCCCAUCCACCAAAGCUGAAGACGAGAAGAGCAAUGGUGUGUGGGACCCGUCCACAACAAACGACGUCAUGAAGGACAAUGGUAAUUGGGGCCCAUCCACAACAAACGACGUCGAGAAGAACAAUGGUAAUUGGGGCUCAUCGACAAGAAAGGACGUCCAGAAGAGCAAAGGUGUAUGGGGCUCGUUCACAACAAAUGAUGUCGAGAAGAUCAAUAAUGGUAAUUGGGGCCCAUCCACCAAAGCUGAAGAUGAGAAGAGCAAUGGUGUGUGGGACCUGUCCACAACGAACGACAUCCUGAAGAACAAUGGUAAUUGGGGCCCAUCCAACAAAGCUGAAGACCAGAAAAACAAUGGUAAUUCAGGCUCAUCCACAACAAAUGACAUCCAGAAGAGAAGUCGUAAAUGGGGUCCAUCCACCAAAGCUGAUGACCAGAACCACAAUGGUAACUGGGCCUGGGGCUCAUCCACCAAAGCUGAGGACCAGAACCACAAUGGUAACUGGGCCUGGGGCUCAUUGGACAUCCAGAAGAGCCAUGCAGGAGAAUCCCACAUUGGCCAAGACAACCACAAACAUGGAACCAUGUCAAACAUGGUGUUCUUAGAAGAGGCCCUCAAACCAGGAUCAACUAUACCUUGUUACAUCCAACCAUCGGCUACCUUAGGAGCUCCUUUGUUACGGCGUGAUGUCGCCGACUCUAUCCCUAUGUCCACGGGGAACUUCAUCAAAAUUCUGACAAUGUUUGCACCAGCGUCCAACGACAUGGCUACCAAAAUAUGGUCGACGCUGGAUGAUUGCGAGCACCCGCGCGCUAUCAAGGGUGAGACGAAGGCAUGUGUCAGCUCUGUGGAGUCAAUGGUGGAGUUUGCUGCAUCCGUGCUCGGGGUUAGUACCUACAACCUCGCGGCCUUCUCCUCACCGGACGUGCCCGUGGAUGGCGUCAUGACAGGGAGGGGGUACAAAGUGGCGGCUGUAACGAGGGUCAGAGAGGCGGGGGACACCAUGACUUGCCAUCGCGGGAGUUUCCCAUUCGCUAUGUUCAUGUGCCACGCGGUGAAUCCCACCAGAGUGUACUCGGUGACGCUGGAGGGGGAGGACGUUGAUGCUGACGGCGCGGGGCAGAGGAUGGAGGUGCUUGCCGUGUGCCACCUGGACACAUCAGACUUCCACCCAGCUAAGAUGCCGUUGCACGUCAAGCCUGGAGAUGCUCCACUCUGCCACUUCAUCUCCAGGGACAGCAUUCUCUGGGCGCCUGCUACGCCCGCUUCUGCUCACGCUGCUGCUUAGCUACAUGUAUAGCUACAUAAAUAAGAACAGUGUGUACCUAUGUAAGGCGUAUGCAUGCAUGUCCAGAGCAGUCAUGCAUGCCUCCUGCGUGUGGCUACGUACCUACACGUAUGUGCUCUGAAUAAUUAUUUGUGUAGUGUGCUUGAUGUGGUGUACGGUCGUGUGAGCGAGUAUCUUACAUAUAUAUAGUGUGUACCGAUGUAUAGGUGUAUGCAUGUAUGUCCACCGCACUCUUGCAUGCCUCUCUGACUUUUGUCUGCGUACUUGCACGUGCGUAUGUGGUCUUAUUUAUUUGUGUAAUAUGCUUGAUGUUGAUGUACCGUCAUGUUAGUGAGUAUUUUACUAUCACUAGCAAAUA